UUAUAUUAUUUGGAUAUGUUUUAAGGUUAUAUAUCUACUAACUGUUGUUUUUACUGCCUAUGCGAUAUUUAAGAAAAACACUUGGAUGUUGAAAGUUCUGCUUUAUAUAAGCGUACCCAACAUGAUCUUGGACUUCUUUAUAUCCUUCAUCGGCACAGUGCUGCUCAGCGAUGGUUUAAAAUUCCUACUGGUUGUAUGUAACUUAUCCGAAGGCUACAACAUUUUAGCGAUAAACAGCGAAUAUAAAAGAAUGAGAGGUAAAUCAAGAUUAGCUGUGGAAGAAAUAGAAGCACAGCCAAGAACAGACCAAAUAUACGUAAACAGUUUUAUAACUGAACAGAGAGAACGAUACUAUAACAGACAUUACCAGAGCCAUUGCAGAAGUUGUUCCUGUUAUUUUGAAAAUAUUAAUAACAUUGUCACAACUGACAUUAGAUCAGUAGCAACUACACCUUUUCCUGCAUUGACUCUUAAUGAAAAUUCAAAUGAUAUCAUAUCGAAUCCUACAAGUACAAAUAUUUCGAAUACUGACAAUCCAAGUUCAGAAAAUUUGAAUAAUCAAAAUGACCCAGCUAUCAUUGAAGAAGUUAAUGAGGCAGUCAUUGUUUCUCAAGACCAUCAAGUUGUUAGACCUAAUACAUUAGGACCAGUCAAAGCUAAAGGAAAAGUUGAUUUAUCAGAUGUACCAUUUAUAUAUGAUGAGCAACAGUUAAAUGUCGGGUCUAGUCCAGUUAUCGAAGACAGACAUAUAAACUCAUUAAAUGAUAAAAACGUAUGAAUUUGUAUACAUCAUUAAAAUUCAUUAUUAUGUUUUAAAAUAAUAAGACAUAUUGUGGAAAUGUUUGAGUAUGUUACUUGAAUAAAAGCAAAUGGUAGACGAAUACGAAGAUUGUUAAACUCGUGAAUAUUUUGAAAUUUACAUUAUCUUCAGUCUGGAGUCAAAACUGUGUCUUCGAUUAACAAGUUUGAAAAUGUUUUAAUAACUUAGUCUACU